AUGGAUGAGCCUCCACAAGAGGCUCCAGAUGGAUCCUUGAACCGUGAAAAUCCAGGCCAGACCCCAAAUAACCAGGAGACCUACAUAGAAGGAGGAGCAGGCCAGGCUCCUCAAAGAGGUUCUGAUGAUGCUGGGGUUGGACCAUCCGAGCAAACUGGUGACAAGGCAUCCAGCCAAGAUGCUAGUGCAGGAUCCGGACAGACUGACCAAAGAACUUCAGAAGAGGCUUCUCAGCCAACUGACCACAGGUCCCCUGGUCACACUGACAAGAGACCAUCUCAGCAAGUUGACCGUAGAUCAUCUGGCCAGGCUGAGAGAAGAACUUCUAAGCCAACUAGUCAGCAACCGCCCAGCCUACAUGAGAGAAAAGCCUCCGAGAAGAUAGAAGACCAAGCGUCUUUGCCAUCUGGUGGGAAAACUUCUGAGCAGGCUGAUCAAGGAACUUGGGAGUAUGGCGAGCACACCUUAUCAGACCAAGCUGACUAUAGAACAUCAGGAAAGAGUCAACGCCAGUUCUACAACCAAGCUGAUGUGGCUGAAGAUGCCACUGAGCAACGUAGGUUUAGUGAAGGUUCAGAAAGGAACUAUGACAGUACUAGCCAUGAAACAGAAAAACCAGCUGACUACCGUUCAUACUACAAAACAAUUGCCCAGGCUGAGAACCGGUCAUUAUCUGAUAUCGGUGACACCAAAGAGGUCGAAGAAGCUGACUUCAAAAUACAGCCUUGCACAUUUGAAGAUAGCCAAACGGACCUCAAAUCCAAGGUUUCAACUGCCGGGGAAACAGAAAGUACAACCACUAUCCAAGCUUACAACCUACACGAUAUGGAAUUCACCAGUGACUCCCAGUCCUCGUACGAAAAACUGCCCUCCAUCACAACCAAAACGUACUAUUCCUCCAACCAAGACAAAUUUCAAAGCACAGAAAUCACUACUGAUAUUCAAACGGAAAUUGAGCAAAGAAAGGGUUCUCAGAGAACCAGCCAAACUUACACGAGGCGGUUCCCUCCAAUCAUUUUUGAAGACCCUUACCAAGUGGCACUCCGCUACAUGGAAAAGCACAACAUUCUCCAGAUAUUCCAGCAUAUCACUGAAAACCUCGUCUAUGAAAAGCCGGAUGAUCCCCUGUAUUUCAUGCUCGACCAGGUACAGGAGAUGAUCAGAUACAGAGAGCAGCGGCGAAGCAUCUGA